CUGUACGGCCCAGAGGCAGCCCGGGCAGUCGCCGGGUCGGUAGAGGUGCUGACAGGGCGGAGCCGCCGCUUGCCUCAGCCGGCCUCACCCCUCCCGCCCGGGACAGGUGGCUGGAGCGCGCUCCGCCUCCGCCAGCUGCGAGUGGGAGCGAGGGAGGGCCGGUCCCGGACGGUCGCCGCCAGCUGCGAGUGGAAGUGAGCGAGGGCUAGUCCCGGACCGCCGGGCCAGGGGUCCGGCGGCAGCAGACGGGUACCGUGGCGGCCAAAAAAAUGCUCCUGUACCGAGGGGCCCCCGCCGGCCCUGGCGCGCCGGGCUGCGGGCUGGCCCGGCCCGGCGGCGGCCCGCAGGCCUUCGGGAUCCGCCUGAGCACGAUGAGCCCCCGCUACCUCCAGAGCAACUCCAGCAGCCACACGCGACCCUUCAGUGCCAUCGCGGAGCUGCUAGAUAAUGCUGUAGAUCCAGAUGUAUCUGCCAGGACGGUCUUUAUAGAUGUUGAGGAGGUCAAGAAUAAAUCUUGUUUGACCUUUACCGAUGAUGGAUGUGGGAUGACACCUCAUAAACUACACCGAAUGCUCAGCUUUGGCUUUACAGAUAAAGUAAUAAAGAAGAGCCAGUGUCCCAUUGGGGUCUUUGGUAAUGGUUUCAAGUCAGGCUCCAUGCGGCUAGGAAAGGACGCCCUUGUCUUCACCAAGAAUGGGGGUACUCUUACUGUUGGACUUCUAUCACAGACCUAUCUGGAAUGUGUCCAGGCCCAGGCAGUUAUUGUACCAAUUGUUCCAUUCAACCAGCAAAACAAAAAAAUGAUUAUUACCGAGGAUUCAUUGCCCAGCCUAGAAGCCAUCUUGAACUAUUCCAUUUUCAACCGUGAAAAUGACCUGCUGGCCCAGUUUGAUGCCAUCCCAGGCAAAAAAGGCACUCGUGUUCUCAUUUGGAACAUCCGCAGAAAUAAAAAUGGAAAAUCUGAGUUGGACUUUGAUACAGAUCAAUAUGACAUCCUGGUAUCAGACUUUGACACAGAAGAAAAAAUGACUGGCGGUGUUACCUCUGAGCUACCAGAAACAGAAUAUUCUUUAAGGGCAUUUUGUGGUAUUCUAUACAUGAAGCCACGCAUGAAAAUUUUUCUGCGUCAAAAGAAGGUGACUACCCAGAUGAUUGCUAAGAGCCUGGCCAAUGUAGAAUAUGAUACAUAUAAACCUACCUUCACAAAUAAGCAGGUGAGAAUCACCUUUGGGUUCUCUUGCAAGAAUAGUAACCAGUUUGGAAUAAUGAUGUAUCAUAACAACCGACUCAUAAAAUCUUUUGAGAAGGUGGGGUGCCAGGUGAAGCCAACUCGUGGAGAAGGUGUAGGAGUAAUUGGAGUCAUUGAGUGCAAUUUCCUAAAACCUGCCUACAACAAACAAGACUUUGAGUAUACCAAGGAGUACCGGCUAACAAUAAAUGCCCUUGCCCAGAAGCUCAAUGCUUACUGGAAGGAAAAAACAUCUCAAGAUAAUUUCGAGACCUCAACUGUAGCCAGGCCAAUACCGAAGGUUCCUGACCAGACAUGGGUUCAGUGUGAUGAGUGUCUCAAAUGGAGAAAGCUUCCUGGGAAGAUUGAUCCAUCCAUGUUACCUGCAAGAUGGUUUUGUUAUUAUAAUUCCCAUCCAAAGUACAGGAGAUGCUCUGUUCCAGAGGAACAAGAACUCAUUGAUGAAGACCUGUGCUUGAGCAAAGCUAAGAAACAAGAACAAACUGUUGAGGAGAAGAAGAAGAUGCCUAUGGAAAAUGAGAACCACCAGGUAUUCAGUAAUCCACCAAAGAUCCUUACUGUUCAAGAAAUGGCUGGAUUGAAUAACAAGACAAUUGGAUAUGAGGGAAUUCAUAGCCCUAGUGUGCUUCCUUCUGGUGGAGAAGAAAGCAGAUCACCAUCUCUUCAACUUAAGCCUCUGGAUUCCAGUGUUGUACAGUUUUCCAGUAAGUACAAAUGGAUCCUAGGUGAAGAACCGGUGGAGAAACGAAGAAGGCUCCAGAAUGAGAUGACAACACCUUCUCUAGAUUAUUCCAUGCCUGCUCCUUACAGGAGGGUAGAGGCACCUGUUGCCUACCCAGAAGGGGAGAACAGCCAUGAUAAAUCGAGUUCUGAGAGAAGUACACCACCAUACCUUUUCCCAGAAUACCCAGAAGCAAGCAAGAAUACAGGUCAGAAUAGGGAGGUUUCAAUUCUGUAUCCAGGGGCCAAAGACCAACGCCAGGGGUCCCUGCUUCCUGAAGAAUUAGAAGAUCAGAUGCCAAGAUUGGUGGCAGAAGAAUCUAACAGAGGUAGCACAACCAUAAACAAAGAAGAAGUCAACAAGGGACCUUUUGUAGCUGUUGUGGGUGUUGCCAAAGGUGUUAGAGAUUCAGGAGCUCCCAUUCAGCUGAUCCCUUUUAACAGAGAGGAGCUUGCUGAGAGACGAAAAGCAGUUGAAUCCUGGAACCCAGUGCCUUAUUCUGUGGCCUCUGCUGCAAUCCCUGCUGCAGCCAUUGGGGAGAAAGGAAGAGGCUAUGAGGAGAGUGAAGGUCAUAAUACACCAAAGAUGAAGAACCAGAGAGAGCUGGAAGAAUUGAAGAGAACCACAGAAAAAUUGGAACGUGUUUUGGCUGAAAGGAAUUUGUUCCAGCAAAAGGUGGAGGAGCUGGAACAGGAGAGGAAUCACUGGCAGUCUGAAUUCAAGAAAGUCCAACAUGAAUUGGUGAUCUACAGUACCCAGGAGGCGGAAGGCUUGUACUGGAGCAAGAAACACAUGGGUUAUCGCCAAGCUGAAUUCCAGAUUCUGAAAGCUGAGCUGGAAAGAACCAAAGAGGAAAAGCAAGAGUUAAAAGAGAAACUGAAGGAAACAGAGACACACCUGGAAAUGCUGCAGAAGGCUCAGGUCUCCUACCGGACCCCAGAGGGAGAUGACCUAGAAAGGGCUUUGGCAAAGCUUACGCGGCUACGUAUCCACGUCAGCUAUCUCCUUACUUCUGUCCUCCCUCACUUGGAGCUUCGUGAGAUCGGGUAUGACUCAGAACAAGUGGAUGGGAUCCUGUACACGGUGCUGGAGGCAAAUCACAUACUGGAUUGAGCACCAGACUGUAUACCCUUCUCUUCUCUUAUCUUCUGUCUGUUCUUUUUUCUCUCCGUCCCUCACAUCUCUCUCUUUCUCUCUCUCUCUCUUUCUCUGUCUGUCUCUCUCUCUCACCCUCACCUUUAUGCCUUAUAUAGAGAAUCUCUGUGUAAAUCCUGGCUCAUAAUCAGUCUCCUUUUUAUCAGUUUUGGUGUGGAGAAAGAGGCCAGUUUAAAUAGGCUUUCGAGAGUCUAGGAUCAGAAAAGCAAUAGUCACUAAGCUAGGUGACCUGAAAGCUUUAAUUUUCAUGACCUGGAUAUGUGGUCUAUUUUAUAUCUUUUUCUGAAAUGGUUUGUAUUCAUUUAGGUUAAAUCAAUCAGCAGAUAUUGGGUCCGGUAUACCAGGUAUUUUGGGGUAAGCUAACAAGUACAACUCAUGUUUGCAGCCUUCGAAGAUGUAACAAUCUCGUUGGAAACAUAAGACAUACAUCACAUUAUACACAAAAGUGUAUGAUAUGUACAACUGAGUGGUACAGAUAUGACAUGGAAGAUCUGGGGGAGGAAGUUCAAGGAAGGCACCACACCAGAAAUGGGACCUAAAUUAAGGCUUAAAGAAUGAGCAUGGCUACACUGUCAGUGAGUGUUCUUUAGGUGGUAGGACUAUGGUUGAUAUUUUUCUUCUUCCUAUCUUCCUGCCUUUUUCAGAUUUUCAAUAUUAAACCUGUUAUUCUUACAUUGGAAAAAAUAAAUUGUUUUUAAAAAGAUCAA